AUGCUUCCCAAUCGCAAUAGCGCGUCGGCUGGCUCGGGGCACCAUGUCCCUGCCGUCGCCGCCGUUGAUGCCACCGUCGACACGCAGCGCUCUGCCACUCCGCGCAUGACGGCGUCACGCUCCAACACUGACCCGACCGUGGCCCUCAGUCGGGGUACCGGUGCAGCAGCUCGAGCACAUGUAGGGCAACACGAGCUCGAGACCAUACACUCCAAGGCACCCCUCGCCGCCGCGACCAAGACCGACAGCGUUGACGAUGCCGCCACCAGCGCCGCUGCGAGCACCUCCGUCCGGCUCGCCAAGCCUUCCUUGCGCGACCGCCUGGGCCACCUCCGACCCGAGCUCCUUGCCAGUAAUAAACGACGUCGACAAAUGCACGGCAUGCUCUGGAAAGAAAAGGCCAAAGCCCGUGUCGCCGCCGCCUACCAAUCUGUCAUCAUCGAAGGCCUCCUGCGUCGGAAACCGCUGCCGCCGUCGCGCGAUGGUCGCCACAUUCCCAUGAACCACCCGGACAGCCUGGUCGAUGAGCGCAGCAGCCGCCACUACUGCAGCAACUUCAUCCGGUCCUCGCGCUACACCGUGUAUGACUUCGUCCCAAAGCAGCUGCUCUUCCAGUUCAGCAAACUGGGCAACUUUUACUUUCUCGUCAUGGGCAUCCUGCAGACUAUUCCAGGGUUGAGCACCGUCGGGCAGUGGACGACCAUUGGACCUCUGCUUGCAUUUGUGGCAUUUAGCAUGGCCAAGGAAGGACUGGACGACUACCGAAGAUAUCAGCUUGACAAAUCCGAGAAUCGAAGCAACACGCUGGUGCUAUCACGUAAUGACGGCCGAAAACGAAAGCCGGCUCAUAUGAAGACGGCGAUGAAGCGUAUAAAGUACUUCAACGACAAGGAUGAGGUGGCUGUGGAAGAGAUUGCUCUCGGUGAUGUUGAACAGAGCCCUGCUAACUCCGACUGGGUUGAGCUUGACUGGCAGCAAGUUCGCGUCGGUGACAUUGUCCGCCUGCAGCGUGACGAGGAUGUACCCGCCGAUAUGGUUCUCCUACACGCCACAGGUCCCAAUAGUGUUGCCUAUAUCGAGACCAUGGCCCUGGAUGGCGAGACGAAUCUCAAAGCCAAGCAAGCCUGCCCGCCACUUGCCGAGCGCUGUGCCACCGUUGACGGCUUGCGCAAGACGCAGGCGACUAUCGUAUCCGAAGAUCCCAACAUUGAUCUGUAUAGCUACGACGGCAGGGUAGUCAUCGGUAGCGAGACACUACCUCUGACUCUCAACAAUGUCGUCUACCGCGGCUCGACUCUGCGUAACACUUCUGAGGCCAUUGGUCUCGUCGUCAACUCGGGCGAAGAAUGCAAGAUACGCAUGAACGCCCACAAAAAUGUGCGCACCAAGAAGCCUGCCAUGCAAUCUGCCGUCAAUAAAAUCAUCUUCUUUCAAAUCUUCAUCGUCGUCAUGCUCGCUGUUGGCUUCACCAUUGGUUAUUACCUGUGGGAAGAAGACGUCGAGAACAAGUCCUUCUACCUCUACCGAAAGGGUGUCUACGACGCCGCCGUACCGUUUCGAGAAAUCUUUUUCGGUUUUCUCAUCAUGUUCAAUACCCUCAUCCCGCUGUCACUAUAUAUCAGCUUGGAAAUUGUGAAGCUGGGCCAGUUGCUGCUGCUGCAUGAUGCUGACAUGUAUGACCCUGUAUCGGACACCCCCAUGGUGGCCAACACAACGACAAUUCUGGAAAAUUUGGGACAGAUCAGCUAUGUCUUCUCGGACAAAACCGGCACGUUGACGGAAAAUCUCAUGCGGUUUCGCAAGCUUUCUGUUGCUGGUGUAUCCGUAUUGCACGACAUGGACGUCUUGCGAGACGAACGGGCCAAGCAAGACAAGCUGAAUACAUACAAGACCUCAAAGAAGCGCGGAAGGCAGCAGGCAAAUGCCGUGACGUCGGCAGAACCAGUUGGGCGCACAUCUACUGGCUCUCUUACUCACUGGAAGUCAUCCGUCCGGCCCAACGACGAACCUGACAUGAAGACUGAGGAAUUACUCGAAUACAUUCACUUGAAACCGAAUACCGCCUUCUCCCGCAAAGCCAAACACUUUCUUCUCUGCAUUGCUCUCUGCCACACGUGCUUACCCGAAUCCAAGGAUGAUGGCUCCAUUCAUUUCCAGGCUGCGUCUCCCGACGAGCUGGCACUAGUGGAAGCGGCACAAGACUUGGAAUACCUAGUCAUUGAUCGACCGGCUCAGACCAUCAAGUUGCAAAUCAAGGACGCGGAGGGAAACAAGGCCGUGGAAUCUUACCAAGUUCUGGACGUGAUUGAAUUCAGCAGUCUGCGAAAACGCAUGUCCAUUAUCGUUCGCAUGCCCGACAAGACGAUUUGCGUCAUCUGCAAAGGUGCUGACAAUGUCAUCACUUCGCGUCUGAAAUUGAGUCACCUCGCCGAACAAAAGGCGCGUGACAUUGGCCAUAGAGCCAGCAUGCGAAAGACGUUUGAGAAGAACAAGGCGCUGCAAAGGAUGAGCAUGCAAAUGAGUGCCCGUUCGACUCCCAGAAACAGCCUGACCAUUCGGAACCGCGACUCGACGGACUUCCGCGAGGGUCUGCGACAAAGUAUCGGCCGUCGCUCUGUAGAUGGCAAUCGAUUGGGCGAGGGCCAGUCCUCAUGGCUUCAGCGACGUCGGACCGAGGAAAUGGCCACUCCACGCCACUCGGUUGACUUGCUAAAGUCCAACAGACGCAGCCUCAGCCGCGUUGCCUCGUUCGAUGCCAUUGACCGCCGCGUUGAUGAGAGCAUCGCAUCGAGCGACGCUGCCAUAUUCGAAAGGUGUUUCCAGCAUGUUGACGACUUUGCGACUGAAGGCUUACGCACGCUACUCUACGGCUACCGCUAUAUUGACGAAGACACGUACGCGAAAUGGAAAGCGCAGUAUCGCGAAGCAGAGACAAGUCUCGUUGAUCGUCAACAGCGGAUAGAGGUAGCCGGUGAUUUGAUUGAGCACAAGUUUGAUCUGGCUGGCGCGACAGCCAUUGAAGACAAGUUGCAGGAUGGUGUGCCAGAAACCAUUGACAAGCUGACACGCGCCAACAUUAAAGUAUGGAUGCUCACCGGUGACAAGCGUGAGACGGCAAUCAAUAUUGCGCACUCGGCGCACGUCUGCAAGCCAUAUUCAGAGCUGUAUAUCCUGGAUGCCAACGCUGCCGGAGCGCUGACGGACCAGCUUACCAUGACCCUCACCGACGUCAGUCGCGGCAUGGCACCCCAUACCGUGUUGGUCGUGGAUGGCCAGACUCUCACCAAGAUUGAUGCGGAUGACGAACUGUCCAUCCUCUUCUACGACCUUGUCAUUCGUGUUGACUCCAUCAUUUGCUGCCGUGCGUCCCCCUCGCAAAAGGCCGAGCUCGUCAAGGCCAUCCGGCGCUACGUCCCAGGCAGCAUGACGCUGGCCAUCGGCGAUGGUGCCAACGACAUUGGCAUGAUCCAAGCCUCGCACGUUGGCAUCGGUAUAUCUGGCCGCGAAGGCCUGCAGGCUGCACGCAUCUCAGACUACUCCAUCGCGCAGUUUCGCUUCCUGCAGAAGCUCCUCUUUGUUCACGGGCGUUGGAACUAUCUCCGCACAGGCAAGUAUGUGCUGGCCACGUUCUGGAAGGAAAUUUUCUUCUAUCUCCUUCAAGCGCAUUUCCAGCGCUUCACAGGCUACACGGGCACGUCGCUGUUCCAAUCGACUAGCAUUGCAAUGUUCAAUACCCUAUUUACAUCAUUGGCUGUCAUCCUACCUGGAAUUUUCGAGCGGGACCUGCGGGCAGAGACGCUCUUGGCCGUACCAGAGCUGUACACCUUUGGCCAGCGGAACAAGGCAUUCAAUUACCGGUUGUACAUCGGGUGGAUGCUCAUGGGAAUUGCGAGCAGCUUCAUCGUCUACUACAUCACCUGGGCCGUGUACAACUCGGCCCUCUUCACUGAGGACACUUCCCUUUACGCCAUGGGCACGAUAUGCUUUACAGUCGGCGUCAUCUUCAUCAACACGAAGUUAUUCAUCCUGGAACUGCACAGCAAGACGGUCAUUACGUUUGCCGGGUACAUUAUUACUAUUGGUGGCUGGUUCAUCUGGCUUCUGAUCCUCAACAAGCUCAUGUCCGCAAGCAUGAAUGUCUACCUGGUUCAUGAUGCAUUCACGCGCAACUUUGGUACGCACCUUGGGUGGUGGACGACGCUCCUCGUCGCUCUCACCGGGCCCAUCAUGCUGGAGCUCGUUGUGCAGGGCGUGCGCAGGGUGUACUGGCCGACAGACACGGACCUCAUGCAGCGGAUGGAAAAGGACGCCGAUGUGCUGGAGAUCCAGGCACGCUUUGACCGGGACCCGGAGGCCCACCACACGCAUGCCAGCGACGACGAGCAAGUCAUUCCGGAUGACCACCGCGGCGGGAGGGCAGGCCUCGGCGCGGCAAAAGUCAGCCAGGAGCUUGAGCGCGGUGCUGCCGUGCCCGGGCGAUUCUCGUUGUCGGACACGCCGCGGAGGCCGCCGGCGGUUCGGGCGAGUCUGGACGAGUACAGGCCGUCGCAGUUUACGCCUCUGACGGAGGAGCAGGAGAAUCCGUCCACCAAACCUAGCACAAAGCUGGAGCGGAUUCGGGACGACUAG